GUAUGUGUGUGCCUAUGACAAAGGGAGAUCCUCCACCCGUUGGCGGCGAGGGAGCAGGUGUGGCGGAGAGGAGGGUACGGGCGCGGAGGGGAGAGGGCCAAGGCCCAGGUGACGGCCUCCAGUGUGGGGGAGGACAGAGCCAUGCUCCUGGGCUUCAGCAUGAUGGCCUUCUCUGUGCUCAUGUACUUUCUGAUCGGGAUCACUCUGGUUAAACCCCACCUAAACAGUGACUGGCAUGAGGAGGCCAGCUGCUUGCUGGUCCAGGUUGAUGUUCUGGAUGAGUGGGCCGACUGCAGAGGGGUCAGCACUGCCCCAUGCCUGAGGGUUCUGGUCAACCUCAGUACCUCUGGACAGAAGGCUCGCCUACACUACGAUGAAGAGUCUGUACUCCUCAACGAUGAGUGUUUCUACAUACCCAAAUGUCAAGUAGACAGGAAAGUCCUUGUGGACGAAGUGCAGAAAAUCCAAAACACUUUGGAGGAGACACAAGGCAGUGAGUUGCGUUGUCUAUCCGACCCCAGAAAAUACCCCGAGGACACCAUUUUGAAGAGGAAGUACACUUUAGGCCUUGCCCUGUGGUCUCUGCUGUGGCCCAGCUUGAUGCUGGGCGGGGGAGCUCUACUGGUGGGCCUGGUGAAGCUCAACCAGAGACUGGCACACCUCUGUACGGAGCUGGGUAAUGAGGCAGCAGGGGGUAGGCUGACAACGAUGACAAAUACCCAAGGCAAACUCUAUCAGCUCCUUAGGUGGUCUGGCUCUGGACAGCACUCGCCUAUGCAGGAUGACUCAGUGAAGUGAUAGCUGACAGUGGCUUUGUUCCAAUGUGUAAUAAGUGUACUACAAUGUGUAUUGUAAUGUAUCCAGUGAAAGGACAUGGAGAUAACAUACUGUGUAGGUGAUCCCCACUGUACAGAAGGAAGUUUAUGGGUUGAUGUAGUAGGAAAUGGAAAUAAUUACAUUAUCCACUUUGUCCUGGAUUUUUUUUAUUGAUAUGCACAAGGGCUGCAGGGAAUCCCACUGUAUAAUAAGAAAUUAAAUGCAUUGGUUCUCAAUAUCUGA